UCUCAAAUACAUUCCUAUUCAGUACUAAUGCUAACUCCAAAGGAACAGCAUGUCGGGUGUAGUGCUCAUUAUCUCAAUUCCAACGGAAAUUCACGAAAAAUGUCUUUUGAAGAAAAUGAAGAAAAAAGUCGUAAUUACAGAUAAAGCCGUCGAAAUUAAUCCAUCGGUAGAAACUAAAUGUGAAAAUGUGGAACUUGGAAGUGAUGGUCUUGCUGGAAGCCAGGAGCUUCCAGUUAAAAUAGAGCAUCAAUCUAUGGAAAUGAUUGUCAGAUCAACAAUAAAUGAACUGGAAGUAGUAGACACAACUUGGCGAAAAACUGACGACAACAAUCACUACCAGAUAGUAUUUCCAAUUGAAUGUGGGGACAAAUGUGAUGAAAUCUUAGAUAUCCUUAAGGAGAAUGGAAUAGGUAAUAAGUUGAAUUCGAAAAUAAGUGUCCUGCCCUGUACGAUACAUUAUCAUGGGAAUGAGCUAAAAGAAAGUGAUGACAUUAUUGAAGAGGACUGUUUGGCUAAUUACAAGAAAACUAGUGGAUGGAAUCUUGUUGUUUCUUCCUUGAGGUCACGCUUGACCGUAGCUCAAGUGGUUGAAAAUGUCAAGAACAAAGCUGCAAUGACCUUUGAUUUCAUCAUUUUGCUAAUGAUAUCAACUAUAUUAUGUGCAUUAGGCUUGGUGGAAAAUAACAGCAUUUAUAUGCUUUCCAGCAUGUUGAUAUCUCCAAUGAUGGGUCCAGUAAUGGCCGGGACGUUUGGUUCGGUAAUUCAGGAUAAACAUUUGAAAAAAACUGGAGUUCAAAACGAGCUUAUUGGCUUAGGCAUCGCAACGGUCGUGGGCUUUUGCUAUGGGUGUGUAAUCUGCAUUGCGACCGACAAGUAUGGGAUGAGCGAUUGGCCAACAUAUGAAAUGUAUUCCAGGGGAGAACCUCGCUCAUUAUGGGUAGGAGCAAUCAUAGCUUUGCUGUCAGGGGCUGCGGUAGCACUGGGCAUUCUAAGCGAUAACAUUGCUUCUUUAGUUGGUGUCGCUAUAUCAACGUCUUUAAUGCCACCAGCUGUUAACGCGGGAUUGCUUUGGUCUUUAGGAUUUGUCUACUAUUUGAAAAAUGAUGAAACUACCAGAUAUGCUUCUUUAACACACACUGAUUACUUUUCGACAAACAGUGCCGUAGAACUGACUACAUUGGGUGCCAUCAGUCUCUGUCUUACUUUCGUCAAUAUCGUCUGCAUAUAUGCUGCAGGAAUUCUCGUUUUUAUGAUCAAGGAAGUGGCUCCAAACACCACAAGAGAUCAAGCGAGAAAAAGAUUUUGGAAAUACGACAUUAAAGUGGCUAGAGAUUAUAAUAAAACCAUUCAAUCAGAUCAAAAUAUCGGUUGUCCCGAAGAAUGUCCAACCCAUAGGCAGCGCAAUCGGCCAAAUUACGAUCUAAAUCACUACUCUACAGAUAUGUCGGAGGGAAACUUUAAACCCUACAACAAACAACGGGAAUUUACUUGGUCCCCUUGCUUGGACCACCAAUUUUCGUCGAUUUGUUCGAAUACAGUGUCAAGACACAGUAGAAACCAGUACCGCAGAUUGUCCCAAAUAUUUGUGCCUACAGUUAAAAUUGAUGAUUCUUUGCUUACCGUACACGAGAAGGUUUCUGAGAGGACUCCACUGUUGCGAUGUGACAAUAGAAAUACGGUCUUACUCUCAUCUGGAAAGAAAAUUACCAUUACUGCAUGUGAUACACCAUGAAUUGUGAGUUUUCAAUUUUAACGGAGAUUAAUAAAAAUUGUAGUUGAUCCAA